AUGGAGAUUGGGAGCUCCUCACCUGGACUGGAUGGCUUUGCAGCCUACGGAUAUAUAUCAAUGGACGAUUGUGAUCAGAAGCAAUUGCAUGAGUGGUUGAAAUCCAAACCCAAAAUAUUUGAAGCUUUAAAUACUGCAUUUCGUCUGAACAAUGACAUUGCCACUUUUGAGGAAGGUGAUGCAUUUGGUCAUCCUGAUCAAAACCUAACAGACAUUAUUGCGUCUUUGUUCCUCCAUCCAAUUCCUUUUAAGAACUAA